AUGAAGGUCACUGCUGCUUUGUUCAUGAUCGCCGGCGCGGCCGUUGCCUCUCCCGUCCCCGCCCCGAACCCCGUCGCCGAGCCCCUGCCGAUGCCCACCCCCCCUGGCAUCCCCACCGCCGCUUCGGCCAAGACCCAGCUCGCUGCUCUGACCGUUGCCGCCUGGACCAACACCGGCACCUACGACCGUGACCUGUUCCCCACCUGGGACACCAUCUCCGGCACCUGCAACACCCGCGAGACUGUGCUCCAGCGUGAUGGCACCAACGUCGUUGUCAACUCUGCCUGCUCCGCGACCAGCGGUACCUGGAAGAGCCCUUAUGACGGUGCCACCUGGACCGCCGCUAGCGAUGUUGACAUUGACCACAUGGUCCCCUUGAAGAACGCUUGGAUCUCUGGUGCCGCAUCGUGGACCACUGCCAAGCGUGAGUCGUUUGCCAACGAUCUCACCCGCCCCCAGCUGUGGGCUGUCACGGAUGAGGUCAACCAGUCCAAGAGCGACAAGAGCCCCGACUCGUGGAAGCCCCCUCUGACCAGCUUCUACUGCACCUACGCCCGCUCCUGGGUUGCGGUCAAGAGCUACUGGGCCCUCACCGUCACCUCUGCCGAGAAGACUGCCCUCACCUCCAUGCUCAACACCUGCUAA